AUGACUCAAAAAUCCCGCAACGGAGUUUCCCAGAACAUUCUUGACCAGCAAACUCAGCUCAGGUUUAAUUCAGACCUGCUAGUUUUAGAUAAAGUUGAAGAAGAUGAAAGUCCAGAGGAGAGUGAUCGAGCUCUGGGUCUUGUGCAUCAAGAAAAGAGUAAUGAAAUUAGAAUGAUUGAUCCUAUCUCACCCAAAAAGAAGAUAAAUUACCAAAGAGAUGAAAUGGUUGUUGGUGAUAUCAAACUGCCUCAAGAGGUCAUGUUUCCUAACCUCAAUAACAAACAAAAGUAGCGCACCAAUUUUAGAUGAUGAUUUCAAAACUCCAUUAAGACAAAAGAAGCCAACAUUUGAACCUUACAAAAUCUCUUCAAGUGAUGAAGAGGAAUCCUCUAUUGAAAUAAAAUAAGGAAACUCAAAAGAUAACCAGCACUGAGCCCAACAUUGAAGAGCCAAAGAAGAUUGAAAGAGAGUAUUAUGGUAUUGAGUAUAUAAUCCAACAAGAGAAAGCCAAGGAAGGUGAGGGCAAACUCUUUAGCAAAUAAACUGCAAUCAGAGAUUGACUCGCUCAAAUACCCCUCUGAAAUCAUAGAGUUCCACAUCAAGGACAAAAUCUUGAAAUAUAUAGCAAAUGAUCGACUUGAUGAUUUUGUUAGUGAAAUGAAGAAGCUUCAAAACUCUGAGAAAAUUUUACAUAAAGAAAGUGAAUCAGAUCUCAGCAGAGAAAAACAACAUGAUACAAGUAACCAAGAAAGCUCAAAAUCGAUGGAAAAUAGCAACUCGAAUUGAUCUAAAGAAGCCUCGGAAGGGCAAAGUAGCUCAAAGAAGGAGAAAGUUAGCUACAAAAUAAAAUUAUUUACCUCUUUUUGGCUUGCCUUGCAUCUUGAAAAGUUAGACUUUCUCAUAGAGAUAAGUGCUCUUGAUCCAGUUAUCAACAAAUUAUGAAUGAAUUUAAUCAAAUAAAUAUAACUUCUCAGUUGAUGUCAAAGAUGAAGCAUCUGUAUCAGAUAGUGACAAUGACAGAAAUAUCCUACGAAGAAAAUUGUCAAAAUUUAGAACAAAGAAUAGGAGCACGGGGCUAAACUUAGACCAAUUACACUUUGAUGAACUUGAAAAUCCGAGGGUAAAAUAAACUCAACAAUACAUUAUAUGAAGGCUCGAAUUCUUCAUUCAAAAAGAUUAAGAUUAGAUCUCCUAAAUGGGAGGAUAAAGUUGAAGUAUAUGAUAUUAAAACUGUGCUGAAAACAUGCAUUGGCUCAGCAUCUUUUACUACCAAUAUCCUGAAGCACUUUAUCAACACUGAGGAAGAAAGACUUGCUUGUAUCUUAGUGAGUAGAUAUCUCGUAGGUAUUGAUGACCAAAUAAUUCUUAAAGCACUAAACUGAGAAAUGCUGGAGUUACUGAGAGUUUUGUUCACCUAUAGCAAGAAUUUUCAUUGUAAGACACUGAAAUUUUACAGUUUUGAAUAUCUGAUUGAUAAUAUAAAAGAAAGCAAGCAUAAUGUAUUACCAAAGGUUGAAAGUAUCUGAAAAUGGAAGAUAAAAGCUUCAGAAAACCUCCUGAAAUGCCUUCUUGAGUCUUGAUGGGAUCACUUAGCCAUCAAAUACUGUGAGUUUUACAUAAAAGAUGCCGAUAGAGAUCUUCUAAGGUUCUGUAUCAAAAACGAAAAUGAGGAUUUCCUGAAGCAUGCUCUUAAUAAUAAUAUAUUUCUGAGUAGUGUUCUUGAUCAUGAUGACACAGUCACUAUGAUCUUAGACUUACUUUAUUCCCGAACAAGAUGUGACUACAUCAUUAACAUCAUGAUGUAUAGUGAUUAUUAUCUAUGGUCAAAAGAUAACCUUUAUCGGCUUUAUAUUAUUUUUUCACGAAUAAAGGAUGAGGACAUUGAUAAAAAUAUACUUCUCUCCUUUUACAACCCAAUUCUUGCCCUUGCUAUUAUAUGUGAUAUUCUGAACAAGAUAGGCAAUAUCUCAAAUCAGUACACUAGGCCAGCGAAAGAACUGUCAAAAGAUCUUCAAAAUAUUGGUAAUAAACUCUCAGAAAAUCUGAAUGAAGAGUUAAUUAAAAGAGUAUAUAUGGCAACAAACUUCAAAGGACAGACUCUAUUGAGAAUAAUUGUAAAUCUUGACUUAGAGCCCUUUGUCCAGUCACAGAAAGUUGAGGAGUUGAUCGAAACCCUCUGGACAGGUAAAGAAACAUAUGAAUGCGAUGGAACCGACUCAUAUUUUUCAAAACUCACCUAUAUCUCCACUAGUUCAUUAAGGUUCCUUCCUGGAAAAGAUUUUACCUUAAAAGAGUUGGUAGACCAAGACUUCGAAUACCAAUACAAUGAUGAAAAGUUUUGGUACCAGUAUUACUUCAGAAGAUACUCGAUAAAAUAUAUCUUUGCUAAAGAGUGUCUCUCAGUCGUUCUUCAAACCUUUGUUGUUCAACUGGUGAAUUACAAGUACACAAGAUCCUUUCGGAAAGAGGUCUAUGCCGAGAUGGACUUUAAGGAUCAGUACAACUACAUUGAAAAAGAUCUAGAGAGUUACUUAUUCUACAACAAUUAUUUAGGCUUCUUCUUCAGUGUCCUCGCAUUUUAUUCUUUCCUAAUGAAGAUAGUGUUUCAUUUUGGAUCUGAUCUCCACUUACCCAUUGAUAAGUGGACUGUUUGUGACAUACUCUCAAUUUUCAUCAAUAUUAUUUGUUAUGCUAUCCUUGCUGGACUGGAUUAUCACUCAAUAAUAGAUACUAAAACUAAAGAAUACUAUGACUGGAUUUCAAUCCUAAUCGUACUUGGAACCUGGCUAAGACUCACAAUGUAUCUUCUUGUAAUACAUGCAUUUUCUGUUGUCCUGAACACCUUGUUCAAAAUGGUAGCUGCAGCAACAAGUUUUAUGUAUAUACUUAUUUCAGGAUUACUGCUAUUCGGAAUGGCAUUUGUUGCCCUUUAUAUCUCAAUAGAUUCAGCUAGUUUUGGAACCUAUCCUCUAGCUACAAGAACACUUUUUGAUGCAAUGCUUGGAAAUUAUGUGCAAAAUACAUAUGACCAAAGGGACCUCCCUUACAAAAUUUUGUUCAUAGUUUUUAUGAUCUGCUGUCAUGUUUUCUUGCUAAAUUUCCUAAUUGCUAUUCUCUCUCUAGUAUACGCAGAGAUGAGUGCUAGAGGUAAAUUUGCUUUCUUAUCCAACAAGUAUCAAUAUAUUGAAAAGCUAAGUAUUCCUUUAAAAGACCAGCAUGGGUAUAAAGAGCUGAUAAUCCAUCCUUGCCCUCUGAAUGUGCUAUCCUUACCGCUGAUGUUCUUCAUUUUUAAGAAGGAAAAGAUGCCGAAGCUAUCCCUGAUAUAUUCGUACUGUAUAUACUGGGUUGAAAACAUAAUAAUGCUCCUUAUGUUCCUCAUAAAAGAGGUAUGUUUGAUUCCUUCGAUUUAUAUAAAGACAUUCCUAGGCUUGACCCAGGCGGAUAAGUUGCAUACCUGGCUAAAGUAUUCCUUCAUCUGGCUGUUUAUAGGCCCUUUCGUGCUGAUGUACCAUGCCAUGAUUGAUACAUGAAUGUUUGUGAAAAUUCUAUGGAUUAACCACAAAGAUAACAAAAUACAAGAAACUGAUACCAAAUCUGAAGAAACUCAGAAAGACAAUAUGGUUGUGUUCACUGAAGUCAUUGAUACAAUGAAAGCUAUCUGAUCCUUUGUUAUUAAGUCCAAGGUUAAGGAACAGAGUGGAAAGAAGGAACUAAGAAGAAGGCCAGGUAACAUAAAUCUUAAUAAUCUGUUACAAAGUAACUCAAGCCGUGAUAAUAUGAGUAACCUUGAUGAAUUUGGUAUCGUUGAUCCUGAUUCUGAGUUUAUCAUUAGAAAAGAUUUACUUAUUAAUGCUUGGAAGAAAUACCGGCCUCUUGAUAUACACCCAGGGUUGUUGCAACAGAGGCCUCAUGAUCCUACUAAGAUUCUUGGAAAUAACCUUGUGACAAAAAUUCUUGACUGCAUCAAUAUCUACAGCACCCAGAAAAAGAACCAAGACAGGGAGCAAAAUCAAGAUCAGCAGGAUAAUGAAAUGGUAGAUAUGGAUGAGCCUGGUGCCAUCAUGAGCCCAGAACUGAAUCAGAAUAUCUCAAAUUCUGCUUCUCAACUUUUUAGAUUAAACAAUUUCAACAAGUAUAAAAAGAAAUAAAGAAAAAGAAGAGAAGGAAGAUUUUGGAGUUAUUCCUGAAAAUGAAAUCAUUUUUGUUGAGAGUCUUCUUGAUAGAUUCAUUAUCCCUCAGGAUACGUCAAAUCAAGAUCAGAUAAACAUCAAGCUUGCUUUGAAAUGUCUCCCUCUUCGUGCUCAAAAAUCUACUUUUGACAGGAUAGAUCUGAUCAAUUUCAAAAGUUGUCAACUAGCUCUUAUAGCUUUCCAGAAUGACGACCAGGAUGAAAUCUUUGAUUAUUACAGCUCCAAAAAUAAGCGGGCGUUGUUUGCUCUGAAGAAGACAUCUAUCCAGGUCCAGAACGAGAUCAAGAAAAUUAAAGAAAUUUCAGAUGAGAUAGAAGCUAGGAUUAACUAUAUCUCAAGAAGGUCUUAUUAA